AUGUCUGAAAUCCAAGAAGUAGCAAAUUAAAUCAAAGGGAAGCUGAGAUACAAAAAUGUAAUAUCUGAAUUAACCCAUUAGGAGCAUGAUUUAAUAAUAUAAUCCUUUAUGUUGGGAAUUUUGCAAGGUAGAAAUAAAUAGGCUUCAUAAGACGUAUUUCUAUCAAAUUUAGAAAUCAUUAUGAGCUUGAACUUGCUAAUAGACAUUAAAGUAUACAAACCUGAAAGAGUCUAUAAGCUAUACAAUGAUGCAUUGAGAGGACCUUUCGAUGUAUUGACUUAUAUUAAGGUUCAAGUUAAACGAACUAUGUAUUUAAUUGGAAAGAGAAGUUUUUGAAAGUCAAAACCCUUAAGAAGACACUCAAAUAACAUAGAUGUUCAAAUCAAAUAAUUAAGCUUAGAUAUCUCAAAUUUUACCAUAGAAUUACAACGAAAAUCAAUAAUACUAAUCAUUCUGGAACAUGGAGUCAUAGCCUUCUAUUUUAUUCCAAUCCAAAAGAUAAUAAGAACCUUAUGGGUACAAUCAAAUAUAAAAUGCCUCAAUGAUAUAUUAAUAGAUAAAAAACAAUAGUGCUGAUGAAUCAAAAAGCUUUGAAUUAGCAUUGCAAUUGCAAAAAUAGUAAAUAAAUUACUAAUAAUAGAUUUGAAGAAGAAUAAUAAUAAUUGGAACAGCUUAAAUUACAGUAAAAUUAUGAAGAAGAGUAAUAAAUAUUGGAAGAUGAAAGGAAAAAUUAGAUUGAAUGCAAAAUUUGCCUAGAUAACAUUUAAUUUACAGAGAUGGCUACUUUAUAUUGCUCACACAUUUUUCAUUAGAAAUGCUUAAAUUAAUAUUGCAAAACAUAAAUGUCUUCUAGAUAAUUCCCAAUUUUAUGUCCAUCAGGAUGUAAAAAGAACAUCAUCUAUUCAGAUUUAACUGAAGUAUUAGAUGAUCAAUAAUUAAUGGAAUUUCAAUAAUUAACUUUUAAGACCUAUAUUGAAAGUCACGGAGAUGAAGUACAUCCUUAUAUUAUUGUAGUAUUCAUGGUGUCCAACUCCAGACUGUUAAUUUGUUUUUAUUGCAGGAGACAAUCCUCGAUUGGAUUGUCCUGUCUGUUAGAAGUCAUAUUGCUUAGAUUGUAAAAUUGAAUAUCAUAAUGGAUUUUCAUGCAAGGAAUUUAAAGAAAAAAAGCUAAUGGAAUCUAAGUUAAAGAAUGAAAAAUAUCUUGAUGAGAAAUUCUUUAGUUUCAUUAAAGGAGCCAAGUAUAAAUAAUGUCCCAAAUGCAAAUUUUGGGUUGAAAAAAGUGAAGGAUGCAAUCAUAUGACAUGUAGGUGCAAGUUUGAAUUUUGUUAUGUUUGUGGAGGGGUAUAUUAGAAAUGUGAAUGUGUCAAAAAUGCUCAUGCAAAUUGGCCAACUCCUUUAAAUAGAUAUAGAAGCAGGCGUAGAUGA